AUGCUCGCUUCUCUCAGAUCUUCAGUUCUUGGUCAAGCGCGACGCCUACACACUGCAACAGGUCGUACCGCUGUUGUUCCAGAACCCCGAGGCAAAAUCCAAGAUGCUGAAAGCUUUUUGAAGAGCAUUGGCCGAGGUUGUGAUGAAUACGCCAGCAAAUUCGAGAGCUGGGAGCAAUUAUUUACCACUGACAGCCGUACCAUGAAGAAUGAUAUGGGUAUCAGCACCAAACAGCGAAAAUAUCUCCUUGCAUGGUUAGAGCAAUAUCGCCAGGGUCGGGACACAUAUCCCAUUUCUCUUCCCAGCCCCAAAAAGAAGAAAUAA